UUUUACAUAAUUUAUUUUAAAGGAAUAAAUGGAUAUUCUGAAGAUUUGUACGAUGAUGUUGCUCCAAUAGAAGUUAUAACAUCUCUAGGACCAUUGUGGAAUUUUGAUCCAGGUCAUCAGGAUGCUCAUGAAUUAUUUCAUGUAAUUUUGAGCGCUUUGCAAAAUGAAAUUCAAACUCCGAAUCGAAAAGGUUGUCUUUCUGAUGCUCUUCCUGGACCAGAAGUAGCGCCAGACGUCAAAGGAUCUGGUGAUUCCAUAGCGCUACGUAGUGUCUCAUGCAACGAUAUUGCUCGAGUCCAAGCACAUCCCAACAACAUAGAUCGCCUCGACAAGAAUUCAAACCACUCUUUAGCUUUAUCAACACGAUCCAUUCCCCAUUUUUCCCUUUUUAACAAGCCAGGUGUGAUUCUUGCUCGCUCUUCGGAAAUACUAAGCCGAGCACUCGGAGACUCGAUGGACUUGCAGAGUCCAUCAAAAAACUGGAACUCUCUCUGCGUUAUUCCUCAAACAAGCAGUUGUGUCUUGUCACACGAAACUCAUCCAUUUUCUGGGCUACUCACAAGUCAAUUAAAAUGCACGAAUUGCAACUGGAAGUCAGCGGUGCGUUAUGAUAAAUUGGAAACUAUUUCUCUACCGUUACCUCCAGCUAGUGAAGCUCUCACAUGGAGACGACAUACACUUUCUGAGUUAUUUUCGCGGCUUGUCACCAGCGAAGUGAUACAUAACGUCGAAUGCAAUGGAUGUACAUCGCGCUGUGAAGCUAUCAAAACAUUGACACUGGGUAAAUUACCUCGAUGCUUGUGUCUUCACAUUCCUCGGACGACAUGGAGCAAUUCAGGGAUUCCUAUUAAACGCGAUGACCCGGUGAUAUUUCCUGAAAUUUUUGUACUUGAUCCAUUUACAUUUACUGAAUCUAAUAAACGCAAUACUCAGGCUACUCUACCAAUGAUGUUAAUUAAUAACGGCAGUAAUCAAGGUAAACAUCGUUAUAAGCUUCAAGCUGUUGUAGAACACCGAGGACCUGUUGAUGCGGGACAUUUUGUAUGCUAUCGGCGAGGUAAUCGUCCAGGUCAAUGGCUAUACACAUCAGAUACUAUAGUCGAAAAUAUGUCAUUGACAGAUGUACUUUGUGCAAGUCCUUAUCUCUUAUUUUAUGAGCGUAUUGCUGGA